AUGUUUUCAAUUAGAAGCAAAUCAAGAAAUGUGAAAGAUGGCCGUGCUGGUUUGAAGUCUUCUGUUUCAAGAGCAUCUUCUAUUCCUAAAAAAAUUGAUGAUGAUAAUAGUGAUUUUGUAACUGAGAAUACAUCUAUGGAUCAAACUACCAUUAGACCACCAAGCUUAUCCAAAGAACAUGAAGAUCAAACUGUGAUGUCUUCGAAUACAUUUGAUUUUGAAAAUGAAGAUGAAGCUUCAAUGUUGAAUAUUAUAUCUAUUGAAUCAAGUUUCCAAAGUUCUCCAGAAGAUGAAAAUCAAGGUAAAUUGUUAGAUAAUGAAGAUAUGAAUAAAGAAGAACAACAACAUCCAAUAAGGGAAGAACCGGGAUCAUAUUCAACAUUCCAAGACAAUGGUGAAAGAAUAGAGAAUCCAACAUCUUAUAUCUUAGAAACUGAUAGUGAUGAUUAUGAUGAAGAAACAGAUGGUAGUUUACCAAUACAUAAAGGGCCUGAAAGUAGUAAGAUUAUAAGUUUUGGAAGUGGAUUUCAAAAUGAUCUCAAAAGUGGUAGAGAAGUUUAUCAAGAAGGCAUUGAUAUCAAAAGCAGUGGGAUUCCAAGGUAUGAGUACCAUGGUGACAAUAGAUCUGGCUCUUCUGUUUAUAGCUCACAAGAUACAGUUAGAAUAACAGGUGGUAUUGAAAGUCAACAUACACCAAUAAUAAAUACACCUCAGAACUAUAUUGACAGCUCAAAAUAUGAUUUGAAAAGUGCCCCUUUACCAUUGACUACUAGAAGAUUAGGAUCAUCAAGAGCACCAGAAUCAUUCUUCACUACUAGUGCUAAUAUUCAAGAGACAUAUUAUAAUAGACCAAUAGAAAAUUUAUCAAUCGCACAACCAAAAUCUGCCGCUAUCCCACCUUUACGUCCUUCUGCUCAGGAGAAUACCAAUCCUUCCACAUUGGAUCUUGAUCAAAAUUUGGAACAAUUGAGAUCUACAACAAACUUGCAAAAUAAUUCAGCAAUCUUGAAGAAACCAACAACUGGAAAUGGUGUUCAGGAUAAUGCCUCUCAAUGGGAUAGCGCCAUGCCUGCUUUGUUAUACUCUAAUAAUAUUCAAACUGGAAAUAAGAACAACUUAGAUACUGUUGCAAAUUCUGGCAAACAAACUUUACCAGAAACGUUAUUAAGAGGUGAUGGAUCAAUUCUUGGAUCAGAACUUGGGACAAAUCCAGAUUAUUUAGAUGUGAUCAAACGCAGUCUUUCCAGAAGUAGAUCAAAACGCAAAACAGGUCCGAAUAAUGAUCCAAACAAAGGAGAUUCUCCACCUUUAUUAUUUUCACAAGAUAGAAAUAGUUUAAGUCGCUCAAGGAGUGUGCUUAAAGAUGGUCAAAAAGACCCAGAAACUCAAGAUACUACAGAUAUAGAGCAAAACAAGAAUGAGGAGUUCAAUGAUGAAGAAUCUAUCAUUGACACUUUGAGAGAUGCUGAUGAUCCGUAUAAUGCGUUAACAAAAGAGUCAGAAUUAAACUGCAAGAAGAAAGAUUCCAGAUUCUUCCAAUCUGCCAAAGAUUUACCACCAAUGUUCGAUGGCGAAAGAAAUAUGCAAUAUGAAAAAGAAAAAGAUGGUGAUGAUGACUUGUAUAAUUAUGCUGAAAAGGGUGAUCUCAAUAAUGAAAAACUAGAGAAGUUGAAGUUAGACAAAGAUGGGAAUGGUGACAGAGAUUUUGGUUCUUUAAAUUGGGAAGAAAGACUAAGGAAACCUAUAGGUAAUAAAAUUUACAUGGUGGUCAUAUGGAUAUUGAUUAUGGUUAUACUUUUAAUGGCUUGUAUAUUCAUUCCACUUUUGCUUGUUUAUUCAAGAGGCACAGAAUCCACCACAUUCAAUUACUUGAGUAAUAUAAAUCCACUUAGAAGAUCAGAGAUGUUACUGAAGUUUUAUCCCUUUGGAAAUUUAAAUAACACACAAAAUGCCAUUGGAAAUAACAAUGGAACAACUCAUUCAUUACCUGCUAGUAACUCCAGCUCACAGAAUGAUAAGUUAUCCGAUGGCUCAGUUAGUAUUGCUGGUAUAUCUAAAUUUGAAAAUAUUCCAAAGAAGUAUCAACAAAAUGAAGAAAUUCAACAAAUGAUGAAUAAUACAGCAUUGAAAAAUGUAUUUUAUGGAAUUGAUUAUGCCCCAAGAAAUGUGAUAUACCCAAUUUGUGGAGCAACUUUACAUGAAGUGAUGUUAGAUGUUGCACAAUUGUCUCAAGUCACAUCUAGAUUAAGAACUUAUGGUACACAAUGUAACCAAGCUAAAUUUAUUUUGGAUUCAAUUAAAACUUUAAAUCUUAAUGUAUCAUUAGCAAUGGGUGUUUGGAUAGGUCCAAAUGAUGAUAUAAAUCAAUUACAAGUUGAGGAUAUGAAAAGUUUAUUGAGGCAAUAUCCAAGAAAAUAUUUUGAUGCUGUAUUCAUAGGAAAUGAAGUUUUAUUCCGUGAAGAACAAUCCCCUGAAAAAUUAAUAGAGUACAUACAUAAUGCAAAAUCUUUCAUAAAGAAUGAAUUGAAAUGGGAUUUACCUGUUGGAACUUCAGAAUUAGGACCAAGAUCUGAUUUUAAUGUUAUAGCAGCUUCUGAUAUCUAUGGAUCAAAUUCUCAUCCAUUCUUCACAGGGAAAACUGUUCAACUAGCUACUAAAUGGGUAUUUGAUUUUGUUAAAUAUCAAAUUGAACCAAUGAAGGAUAACAUUAAAAGCAAAGCACAAGUUAUAAUUUCAGAAAUUGGAUGGCCUUAUCAUGGUGGUAAAUAUAAGAAAGCAGUUGCAGGAAAACGUCAUAUGCAAUAUUUUUUGAAUAGUUGGAUAUGUGAAGCUAAAGCAAAAGCUUAUCCAUGGUACUUUUUCGAAGCUUAUGAUGAACCAUGGAAACAGAUAUAUCAUUCUCAAAACUCAAAAUGGGAAACAGAAUGGGGAUUAUUCACUGCAGAUAGAAAGCUUAAAGAAGGGAUAACGUUCCCAACUUGCUGA